GACUUACAUUCAUUCUAAUAUUUGUGAGUAAACAAGCCUACACUAGUGAAGUGACCAAUUCAAUUCAGAUUUCCUCUUGAUAAUCUGAAUAGUGUUAUUUUCCUAAUCAUAGCGCGGGUUCUCUUAAAUAUGUUUUGCAAUAAUUUUAUCAAAACAGUGUUUUUUCUUGGACAGUGUUUUUUGUUUUUUGGCACAACGUGCGGAAAACGAACUCAGCCUCACAUUAUAUUAAUAAUUGCAGACGAUGUGGGGUGGAACGACGUUGGCUUCCGAGGUUCAAACCAAAUUCCAACACCCAACAUCGAUGCACUUGCCUACAAUGGCAUCGUUUUUGAUCGACACUAUACUCUACCGUGUUGCUCACCAUCGAGAACGGCGCUGCUGACUGGGAAAUAUCCAAUUCGAAUGGGUUUACAAGGUCUUCCGCUCAUGGCCGGAGCAGCAGAGGGCAUACCGUUGAAUGAAGUAUUAUUAUCUGAGCGCUUGCAAGAACUUGGUUACGUGACUCGUAUGGUUGGAAAAUGGCACUUGGGCUACUAUAAAACCGCCAUGACCCCAACACGACGCGGAUUCCAUUCUCAUUUUGGGUACUAUAAUGCUUUUGUUGGCUACAAGAACGCUAUUUGCAAUAUGAUGAUUCCUGGGUUCGACUGUUACCGCGAUACAAAACGAAGUAAACAUGAAGUAGAGGGCAAAUACUUGACCGACGUCUACACGAGAGAGGCUGUAGAUAUCAUAAGAAAUCAUAGCAAAUCUACAGCUCCGUUAUUUCUUUACAUCUCACAUUUGGCCGGCCAUGCAGGCGAUGCUGGUGUUCUGGAAGUGCGAAAUGAGACUGAAAAUGCUAAAAAAUACAGUUUCAUCUCGGAUCCUCUGAGGCAAUUGUAUGCAGGCGUGAUCGAGGCUCUCGAUGACUCCGUCGGUGCAGUUGUGGAAGCUCUAGAUACGCAGAAUAUGUUGGAGAACAGCAUCAUCAUAUUCAUCUCUGAUAAUGGUGGUAUGAGCGCUGCGCCGACGCGGGAACAUCAGAACACUGGAUCAAAUUGGCCUCUUCGAGGACUGAAACUGUCUCCGUUUGAAGGCGGUGUGAGGGGAGUGGCCGUCGCUUGGAGUCGUCUUUUCAGGCGCAACGGCCGAACUUCUGCCAACUACAUGCAUAUAUCGGACUGGUUCCCAACUCUCUACUCAGCAGCAGGAGGCGAUGUUUCCACGUUGAAAGGUUUAGAUGGAGUAAAUCAGUGGUUUAACUUGGUGGACGAGAGAACCGAGGUCCCGAGAAAUCAACUUCUCGUCAACAUCAACGAGAAAUUAGGUGAUUGGGCUAUCAUUGUGGAUGAAUGGAAACUAGUAAAAGUAAAUAUCACCCACCUCGUGAAUUUCACGCAGCUCUAUUACGGCGAGACAGGACGAAACGGUGAGGAGUAUUCAAUGGAACUCGUCACAAACAGUCGAGUGUCCAAAAUCCUUAGACGGAAUCGACUCCAAGGUGAUCUUCGGGAGGAAUACGCGGAGCGCCGAGCCAGCUUAGAGAUGACGUCAUCGUGCGCGGAGAGAAUAGCCGCCUCCAACGGCACCGAUCCUCUGAUCCCUUCGGAUCGUUGUAACGAAGUGCCAUGUCUCUUCAACAUCCAACAGGAUCCCUGCGAGUUCCACAACGUGGCCGAUCAACAUCCAUCGGUUGUCGAUGCACUCGAAGAACUCUUGGAGGGCUAUGCCGCGCAGUUGGUCGAAUCGCAAGAGGCUGAGUUCGACCCGGCUGCGCAUCCGAAAAACUGGGAUGGUUACUGGGCUCCAUGGUUGGACUGAGAUGACCCACUUUUGGCUUGCAACAAACCAGAGCAAGAGACCCUCCACUGGCCUCUUGGCGACAGGUGGAAUUUCUUACUUUCGGGGAUUCAACAAUUCCUUAUGGACAAUUAUAAGGGAGCAACAGUCAUCAUCCUAAUUUCGGCUGUUGACCUACCUACGUGAUGGACGAUGAGCUUCGGGUGACGUCAUGAGCCAAACAAGUUUCCCAGACUUCGGCCAUUUUCGGCUUGUUUGCAAAACGAAACUUCCAACACGUUGUUGAACAUUAACCGUGUAAGUUAGUAGAAUUUAGGAGUCCCGAAAGUAAAAGUUUCCACCAUGGCCAAGAUACUCGUGGAGGGUUUCUUGUCUCUGAAAAAACGCCAAAAAUUUAAAAAAAAUUUAAAAACGCUGAAAAAUUUAGGUCAAGUUUUUUACGUCUCUCUGCUCUCUGAACCAACCUAAUAGCCGGUAACUAAGGAACACUAUCUGAGGACGCAAAAAAUUUGAAAAAAAUGUGUAUCAACUGCAUGAAUUGCACGCUGAGGGAUGGAUUUCAGACUUUUUUUGCGUAUCUAUCAUAAUUUUUGUAAAAUUGUACUAUAAUUAUGUUCAUUCACUCGGCUGUAUCUCUUAUGUGCAUCAUACCCAUAGGCCAUCGUGUGCUCUACCCGAAAUUGAAAUGCUGGGUGCAGAGAGGGCAUUUCUUAGUUGCGGUGUCUCAAGAUCUCUGUUCGCGUUUCAUGCACUACUUAUACUUAAAGCAAAUGCAUGGAAUUUCUUAGAACUUUUACUGAAUUUUUUUCAUGAUUUUACAAUGCUGCAAACAAAUGUUUUCAGAAAAUGAGAGAUUCUAAAACAUCACAACCAAGAUAUGCCAUUUCUGCACCCAACGCCUCAACUAUAUUGUAAUUUUUUGCAAAUGUCUUUAUUUACAACAUUAUUGAGCGCUUUAUGCUAACACGGUGUUCUUCAGACACUCUCAAAUAUUAUGUAAAACAAAUAAAUGUCAAGAUGUGUCCGGAUUCUUCCUCCUAGUCUCUACGGCCAUAAACUUAAGCUUUUGAUCUCUUCACAAAAGAUAACACGAACUCAUGAAUCAAUUUAAUUCUUUUUUUUUUGCGACGGGUUCAGCGUAGACGUCCACUUAAUAAAAAACUUUGUAGUGAAAUACCCAACAUGAACAACUCCAUUAUUAUCAUA